UUUCUUUUGCGGUGGCGAAGAUAAUUUAACAAAAGUAAGUCCUCUUCAUCACUGAACAUCUUUGCAACUACUAUAAAAGCAUGGAAAACCUUAAAACAAGACGAUCACAUGCAGCUUGCAAAUUGAAUCGUUUGCGGAUUUUUAGGCGUAAAGAUAUCGUCGCUGCAUGACGAAACUUAUACGCGCCUAUGACGAUACGCUUCGUGUGCAGAAUGCCUAAAUGUGAAAAAGGAGGAAUUGCCGAGUACUCCUAUUAUUAUAUUCAAGGCAGUGGUCUUAGUUCCAUUGAACAAUACCCAUACACAGCGUCGAAUGGAGUACCCUCAACUUGUUAUGGCAAAAACAUUACAAAUAAACCUAUUGAACCUCUUGGUAAUUUUGGAACUAUUCAACAAACUGAAGAUGCUAUCAAAGGAUUUAUAGCUGGUUAUUCCCCAAUCUCCACACAUGUACAAGUUAUUGAUGACUGGCUCUUAUAUGGAGGUGGUGUCUACGAUAACCCAAAAUGUGGAAAUGGCUUAGCAACACUUAAUCAUGGGAUUCUCGCUGUUGGUUACGGAGUGGACGAGAAAGAAGGAAAAGAAUACUUUACACUUAAGAAUUCUUGGGGUAGCGAUUGGGGAGAGAAAGGCUACAUCAGAGUAGUUCGCAACAAAAAACAAUGUGGUAUUAGCACUCGUGCCUCAUUUCCACUUUUAUGGUUUGAGUAAACAUAUUGUUAUAGCCAAAAUAGAUCUGAGAUAUUAAAAAUAUACGUCAUACCUACA